GAGGUUUCGCAUGCGCAGUUGCUGCUACACUGCCGCUGUCAAAACAGUCGUGGAACUCCGGACGGGAGCAUGAUCGAGCAGCCUGACCGUCCCAAUUGAGCCGAGUUCGAAACGUCGAGCGCAGCUCAUUCAGCAUGGCUUGGAUGAAGAGAGCGCCCCCACCCAAAGGCGGCGGCUCGAACGCGGCAAAACAGCUUGGGAUGUUCAUGGACAUGGACCCCGAGCAGAUGAUGAUGGGGAUGGAGGAUGAUAACCUGGACAACCCAGAGCUGCUGGCUGAGCUGGCUGCUCUCACUGGGAAUAACAGGCCUCCAGCGGCUGGGAAAGGAAAGCACAAGGGGAAAACUCCUCUCCCCAUGGAAGACAUUGCACGGAUGGCUGACGAGUGUAUGAGGGAUGUGGAUGAAGAUGAAGAUGAUGAUGAGGAUGUGGAAGGCGAUGAGAACCUUUUGGCGGAGCUACAGGAAGUGGUUGGUGAAGAUGAUGAGGAGGAAGCGGUGGGUGAGUCGGAAGAUGAGGACGCACCUCCGGAUGCUUCUGAAAGUAUUGCUGCCACCAAACUGCCUUCGCCCACGACUCAGGUGGUGAAACCUCCUCCCAAAGCGGCUCCCAGCAGCCUGCAGCAGACCCUGGAGGAGAGGAUCAGCCUGUACAAGACGGCCAUACAAAACGCUAAAGCUGCAGGGGCGUCGUCCAAAGUCAGAAGAUACGAUCGCGGACUGAAGAACCUGGAGACGAUGCUGGCGUCAGUCAAGAGAGGAAAGCCGGUGAAUGAGGCUGACAUGCCUCCACCCGUGGCCACCGGAGCCUCUCAAGCCAGCAGUGAUGCUCCUGAGGCCCCUGCUGUGUCGCCCAGCCUGAGCAGCCUCCCGUCUCCUGAAGAGAGUGCGAGAGGAGUUGCCUCUCAGAACACUCAGACUGAAGCGAUGGCGGCGACGAAGGCCAUGCUCCAGGAGCGGCAGAGCGCGUACAAGAUGGCUGCUCUGGAAGCCAAGAGGCAGGGAGAUAUAGAGCAGGCGAAGCUGCUUCUGAGGACCAGCAAAUGGUUCGCUUCUACGAUCGAAGCCUUGGAGAGAGGAGAAGACGUGGACCUGAGCGCACUUCCUCCCCCUCCAUCUGCUGUAAAAGACUCGGGUCCGGUGAAGGACGUGUCCGCUGAGUCGAGUUCACAAGUUGUCCAGUCAGCUCCGACACCUGCAGCCUCAGGUCCUGUUGCUCCUCAGAGUGUCCUGGAAGCCCUGGAGCAGAGGCAGGACAAGUACAGGGAGACGUCCGCUCAGGCCAAAGCUAAGGGUGACGACAGGAAGGCCAGGAUGUAUGAUCGCAUCGCAAAGCAAUACCAGGCGGCCAUUAGGUCUCACAAAGCCGGAAGAGCCGUCAACUUCGAUGAGCUUCCUGUCCCUCCUGGUUUCCCUCCAAUCCCGGGUCACAAGUCCACCGGAGGCGACCAGGGACUUGUUGCUGCACUGCAGGCUGCGGACAAACUGGUCUCCACUGAGAAUGUUGCUGAGGAGGAGGACGACGAAGACGAAGAGUCCAAACAGCCGAAGAAGCUCCUGCUGGAAGUCCCGGCUGCAGGUCAGAGACCGAGGAAGACUCCGUCGGCCUCACCCGACAGGUCGCCCUCCAAAGAGACGCUGUCUCCCACAGCGGAGCAGCUGGUGGCGCUGCUAGAGGGCAGGAAGAAGCAGUUCAUGAAGGCCGCCCUGCAGGCCAAGCAGAGGAACGACAUGGAGCAGGCGAAGACCUUGCUGCGCACCGCCAAGGGUCUGGAGCCCAUGGUCCAGGCGGCGCGCAGCGGCCGGCCGGUGGACAUCACCACGCUGCCGUCGCCCCCUGGAGAGGAAGAGGAUGAAUUCAUCAUGGUGCACCACAAUGACGUGCAGGUCUCGGAGAAGGCCGAACAGGUGUACAGCAGGUUGGCCAAGAUCCUGAAGGAGCAGCACGAGAAAUGUCUGACCCACUCGAAGCAGUUCACUCACCUGGGGAACGUUGCGGAAACCACCAGGUUCGAGAAAAUGGCUGAAGGCUGUAAGAAGAGUCUGGAGAUGCUGAAGCUGUCCCAGGCCAAAGGCCUGCCUCCUCCCAAACACCACUUCGAGGAGAAGUCCUUCCACACCGUCAGGAUUUUCCCUGAGCUGAGCAGCACGGACAUGGUGGUGGAGAUCGUGAAGGGGAUGAAUCUUCCAGCUCCAAGUGGGGUCCAGUCCCACGACCUGGACGCCUACGUCAAGUUCGAUUUCCCCUUCCCGAGCUCGGAUCAGCCGCAGAAACACAAGACGACGGUCAUCAAGAACACUAACUCUCCAGAAUACAACCAGACCUUCACGCUCUCCAUCAACCGGAACCACCGCGGCUUCAGACGCAUCGUGACGUCGAAAGGCAUCAAGCUGGAGCUGCUGCACAAAGGUGGGUUCCUGCGGAGCGACAAGCCUCUGGGGACGGCGCUGGUGAAACUGGACAAGCUGGAAAACGAGAGUGAAAUCAGGGAGAUCGUGGAGGUGAUGGAUGGGCGGAAGCGCACCGGAGGAAUGGUGGAGGUGAAGGUGCGGCUGCGGCAGCCUCUGAGCGGCCAGGACAUGCAGAGCAGCCACGAGCACUGGCUGGUCAUAGAUCAGGCACCGGGUUUGUGUUGACGUGAGGCCCACCCUCUUCACACACACCUCAGAGGAGAAGACAGAGGACUGUGGAGCUCCAGACUGGUUGACACAGCACCGACGACACGCAGGGUCUGAGGUCCCGCGCCGCAGGUCAUGUUUUGGUGAAGCUGCUUGCCUGUGGAUUGACCGCAGAGACACACAGACGUGCAUUAAUACCAAAGCUACUCACUGUUGCUGCCGAAUCCUUUUCAUUUCAACCUGCUGCUGAAAGUAGCGUCAUUAAUAAACAAAAUAAACGGCUUGUUUGUGUAAAGUAUCAUUUGCCAAAAAACUAUCUUGACACUCGUAAGACAUUUUAAAUGUAUUGCUUUCUGGCGUGGCGCUUCUCUAAAUGCACAAAUAACCCACCAAACAACUUUAUAUUCGAUGCUUAGCAUCAGUAGCUUGUUGCUAAUGUUAGCAAUCCACUUAAAUGUUGGCUGAAACUAUGCAUCAGAUUGAAAGACACGGUUUAAUUCUGCCCUUGGUUGUUUAAGUUUACAAAGGCCUGAGGUAAUGUUUGAUUGUUUUUCUCUGAGCCACAAACGGUUGUACCUCGAACCGUGCUACAUUCUUCUAUAAUAUAUGAUCUACAUUUCAACCUUUUGACACUCACCACAGAAACUGUCUGCCUGUUUACAAAUGUCACUCUUGGGAAAUGUUGAAUAAAUUACU